UGCAACUGGAGAUUUGGAGCAAAGGAUGGGUGUUCGGUAGAGGACGACGGCUUUGGGUUUAGUUUUAUUUUGAUUAACUGAUAAAUACAAGUGUUAUUUUCGAACAGAGUUGGUGAUGUUCAUGUGCAAAGGUUUUGGAUGCCUUUAAAAUGAGCUACUUUGGGAACAAUGUGGCUCCUAAGUUGAUCUGUUUUAAUGUAGCACCACCAGUGUUACUUGUGCCUGCUAAUUUGGCCACCAAUUUUGGACCUAGCACCUUUCAACCAGACCAUGCCCUGCAUUGUACCAAUGGCGGGACAGAAUGUUCAGUGACUGCUGUUUUAAAAGCUAGAAGACUCCAUUUGAGAUGGAAUGUGGUGUCUUUGAUUCUAAAGCACGGAUUUUUGGAGCUUUCUGGAAAAACAUUGCUUGAAUGGUACCUUAAUUUACCAUUUGAAGACAGAAAGAUUAUACAAGAUGAAGGAGGGCUUCUGCAGUUUUUGAAGAAACACUCACAUUUGCAAGUGGAUAAAGAUAUUGUUUAUUUAAAAAACUCCAACUGGAUGUAUGCAAACCAAAGUAUACUACAAGAAAUGGAUCAGGAUCCAAGCAAAGCUUGUCACAAGAAGGUGGAUGUAGAUGUUGGAGCAAAACAUACUGGCUUUGAUCUACCGAAAGAGACAUCCUCACAUCUGUCAAGUAGUGCUGACACAAGGAAAAAUAUAGAAAUGGCCAUUGAAAGAACUGUGAAAACAGAUGAUAACAUGGAAUUGGAGAAUCAAGCAUUGAUUAGUCAGGGACUCGAGGAGACAAAAAGUGAUGAUGUAUCGGCCGUUCCUCCUGAUAUAGCUAGUGCACUUGAAAAACUCAAACUUAAUUAUUUGCAAAUGAGGAAACGGUUAAUGAAUGGGACUGCUCUUGAUGAUACCCCACCUCUCUCUUUGGAUGUGGUAAACAUUGGAUCAGUGGAAACGUGCAUUCCUUCUCAGAUCCUGACGGGUCAGCUUUCGUGUACAAAUGAGAAAAGUAUUAGUGAUGAAGAAUGUUGUAGUUUGCCCACUCAGAAAGACACAAAAAGGGAAACUACAGGCAUACAUGUGGAACACAGCAGAUCUCUGACUUUACAGCUUAUGCAGAAAGAUGAAUUGUGUCCAAGUGCGGCUGAAGAUCUUAACAAAGAAAACUGUUCAAGUGAAGUUUGGUUUGAUGCUCUUGAGCAUCUUGAAGGUUUAGAUGACCCAGCCCAUGUGGAGACAGUGAACGUAAAGGAUUGUGAAGUGGAUACAUGUGUGGGAGGACAUGGCCUACAAGACUUUAUCUGUGUGGAAGGUGUUCCUGUGACAAUGUCUAAGAAAGACCUGAUGGUGGUAUUUGAAAAGUACAAAGCCUCAGAGGUUUUGAUGGCUAAAGCUUCAUGUAAUUCAAGGUUAGCAUUCAUCCGAUUCAGUGAUACAAGCUUAGCAGAAAUUGCAGUAACGGAAAUGGAUGGGAAACGCUUACAUGGGCGAACCAUUAAUGUAAGCAUUGUUAGAACUCUGGGAUAUAGGAAACACUCGGCUCUAUGGAGUGAAAGUGGUGCAGAGUAUGGAAUGAGAGACAAAAGGAGUUCUUCUUCCAAAUAUACCCAUUCCCCUGGAGCAGCAGUUGGUGCUAGUAUGGCAGCAAAGAGGCAACGACAGAAACUUUCAGAUGUAUCGAGAUCAUUGGAUGUGCUCUACACUGGUUAUGAAAGUUAUACUAAAAUUAUGAACAAGUUAAUUGAACUUCACCCAGAUAUUGAGCUUCAGAAGAUUACCGAGACACUUGCAAGCCUAAGAAAAGAACUGAAGGGCUCACUAUAUGGUUUAUAUUUGAGUAACAUUGUGGAAACUGUAUCUGCAAAAUUGUACAAAUCGUUAGCUUGAAUUCAAAUUGUUCUAACUGCAUUAACCAAGUACCUCAUUUCUGUUAUUUAAUAAUAAAAGUUUCUUUUGUAGCAUUAAAAAAACGAGGGGAGAAAUGUAAGCAAUUAAAGUCGCACCUAUUAUUUGGUGAAUGUUUUGA